ACUUGUAUGUAAAUUUUAGGAAUUCGAUAUAAUUGCUUUGACAUUAGGAUAUUUUUAGAAAUUAUUAUUCAUCAUAUUUGUUAUUUGUAAACUUCGUGAUUUAAAACAUAAUGAAUAGAUUAUUCGGUAAAUCAAAACCUAAAGAACCUGGCCCGAGCAUAACGGACUGCAUUCAAGGUGUGGACCAAAGGGCUGAAGGUGUCGAAAAGAAAAUUCAAGGUUUAGAAAAUGACUUAAGGAAGUUUAGAGAGCAAAUGUCCAAAAUGCGAGAAGGUCCAGCAAAGAAUGCAGUCAAGGCUAAAGCACUUCGAAUCCUCAAGCAAAAGAAAAUGUAUGAGAACCAAUUGGACAAUUUAAGGGGCCAAUCUUUCAACAUGGAACAAGCAAACUUUGCUCAUCAGGCUCUAAAGGAUACUCAUACUACUGUUGUAGCAAUGAGAGAUGGAAUGAAACAAAUGAAAAAAGAAUUUAAAAAAAUCAACAUUGAUGAAAUUGAGGAUGUUCAAGAUGAACUGGCAGAUAUGAUGGAACAAGCUGAUGAGGUUCAAGAAGCCCUCGGAAGGACAUACAACACUCCAGAAAUUGAUGAUGAUGAACUUGCUGCUGAAUUGGAUGCAUUAGGUGAUGAAAUUGCCUUGGAUGAUGAUCAAAGUUACUUGGAUAACAUUGUUAAUGCCCCUGAGGUGCCUUCUGCCAACAAACCGGAUGCUGAGAAGGAUAAAAAUAAGGAUGGUAUUCAAGUUGAUGAAUUUGGUUUGCCUCAAAUACCCACUCGUCAUUGAAAACACAAAUAUAAUAAAAAACAAUUUAUUAAUAACACAGCCAUUCAGUGUUUGAGCUAAAUCUAGUAAUAGUAUUAUAAAAAUGUUUAUGCCUUUGCAAUAUCUAUUUAACAUUAACUUUUUUUACUGAAGUAUGUACACCACAAUUUAUUGCAAGGUGCCCUAGGUAAAAUAUAUGAAAUUAGAUUUAGUUUUGCAUGUGGACAAAAAUGUAAAUUUUACCUAGGUUCUCUGUAGGCAUUAUAUGUUUCUUUUACAUUAUAUAUAACUAUUUUUUAUGUCACUGUGAUUAUUUUAUAGCAAUGAAUAAAAACUUAUGUU